AGUACAGAGCAGUACUCCACCCUCUACCACACCACUGUCUGUGAUUGAAGAUAGUUCAGUCUGAGACACUCAAUGCUUUAUCUGACUCUACCCUGCAGUUCUUGUACAGUUCUCAUAAAACUGUGCCUGUCAGCAUACAUUCCUAAACACCAACCACCGACAAUCCGCGUAGUCCCGAGCUGACCAAUCAAUGUCCGGAAAAUCCGUCAGUGUCACUGGACGACGUCACAUGUUCUGCUGCGAGUUACCAACCCAAGAACGGAAAGUCGGCGAUUCAACUCUUUGCUCUUUCUCCCUCUCUUUUCCUUCUGCCUACCCUUUGUCUUCCUCGGGCAUCUUCCUCUCAUCUCUCCGCCCUGCUAUUUUAACAGAGGUAGACAAUCCCUCCCGGAGAGACUGAGCGUCCAUCCCUCCAUAAUGCAGUGGCCCUCCCUGCCGUUUUAUCCGUACCCGUCUUCCAAGGAUGGGUACUGGGGCCCUGUUACAUCGACGCUGAACUGGUGCGAAGAGGACUACUAUGCGACCAUCUACGCCGCUGAGAUCAUCAAUACCCUGACCAACUUGUUGUUUAUGUGGCUCGGGGUCAAGGGAAUUUUGAGCUGUCGCAGGCAUAAGCAUGACCAAAUUUUCCUCAUCGCCUACUGCGGUUAUCUUGUCGUUGGCACCGGGAGCUUCCUGUUCCAUUCGACCCUCAAAUGCAAGUGUCCCGGAUCCUUCGGAGCGUGUGCUACUGAUCCCAUGCAGCUUGUCGAUGAGCUCUCCAUGAUCUACACCACAUGUUUGAUGGCCUAUGCGUCCUUUUCCUACUCGAGGCCAACAGGCGUCCGUUUUGCUCUGGCGAUUUCCCUGACCUCGCUCGCCGUUUUCAUCACCCUCUACUACCAUUACCUACAAGACCCCGUGUUCCACCAAAAUGCGUACGCGGUUUUGACAGCGGUUGUGGUUAUUCGGAGUAUGUAUACCAUGGAGAAGACCCUUCGUCCGAAAUGGCGGGGUACGCGCGAGGAGGAUCGCCUUGCACGCGAAAAGCAGGGCUUGCCGGUUCCGACCAGGGAGCACCAACACUACGAGAACGUCCGUGAUAUGAAGACUCUCAAGACCAUGUGGUAUAUGGUUGGCUACGGAUUGAGCAUGUUCCUUGGUGGAUUUGCUAUCUGGAAUCUGGACAACAUCUUCUGCAGUCAGAUUAGGCAAUUGCGGAAGACCGUGGGGCUUCCUUGGGGUAUUUUCCUCGAGGGUCACGGCUGGUGGCACAUCAUGACCGGUCUUGGCGCGUACUUGUAUAUCAUUUGGGGAAUUUGGUUGCGUCAUUGCUUAAACUGUCGUCAGGAGGAAUAUUACUUAUGGUGGCCUCAUACUUGGAACAUUCCCGAAGUGAUCCGUAUCAACAACAGCAAGCACGAAAACGGAUCGGUGAAGAAGUCGAACUGA